AUGGCUAAUGGUGAUCUAUCUACUUCGCUACCAUCAAUGAAAAAGCAUUCAUAUUCACAUAAACAUCGAAUUCUUACUCACAAUCAAACAACAGGAAAAAAUCUUAAUGAUGAUCUUCCGAAUAGUGAUAUUUCAACGACAGGAAAUAAUUCAACAACAAAAUUGCCAUCACUUCUUUCAAAAUCAAGCAUUUUUCCUUCUCCAUCUGAUGCAAUGCGUUUUAAAAGAUAUCGUUCACCACGAAAAGAUAUUGUUACAACAUCAUCAUUGACAAAAAUUGAACGACAAACAACAAAUAUUAUUUCUCAAACUCGUUUACCAACGUUAUAUACAACAUCAAAUAAUAAUGAACAAAAACGAAUAUCUGAAUUUCAACGAAGACAAAUUUAUGCAUUAAAUCAUCUUAUGCGUGAAUUAGAACAAGAACAAUUUCAACAAUUUUGUAAAUUAAAUGGUAUUGGUACUGAUAAUUCUGAAGGCAGUGUUUCAAAUAAUGACGAUUCAAAUGAACAAUCAUCGACAUAA